AAACAAAUAUUUAUUACAAAUACAAGGAAAAAGCAAGCCGGCCACUACACUCAAAAGGUUUUCAUGGGGGGUGGGGAGGGGAGUGUGGAGAGAGGCACAAUACACUAAGGGGACCCCAAGGAGAGAGGGAGGUCGGUCAAGUCUCGGGCCUUUUUAGUACCCCCAGAACUUGGCCCAGUACCCGGGAUACAGCACCUCUUAAUGAAAGAACGCAACCUUGAGCGAGUCGCUGGGGGUCACUGGGUAAAACUCCGACCUUAGUCUUGGUCCUUUGCAGGUCCGCAGCCCUGGUCCCUCCCCUGCCCAGCCAAGUCCUGGGUUCGAAUUACUCCACCCCCGUGAUGCUUAACAGCGAUGUGAUGGAACAAGUUACCCCCUAAAGCGCAGGGGUAAAGUCUGGACUAUUAGCCCCGGGGCCCCCUCCUGAGGGGCAGGUCCGUCACCAGUUUCCUCCCAUUCGGUUUGCUCUUCUGCAAAAUGGGCACGGCACCCCCUCUCCCCGCUAGGGGUUGAUGGGAGCCAGCAGUGCUCGGGUGACGCUGCCGGCGCGCGUGUCUCUUCCACGGGAUCUAACGGCAAGCUCUUACACUCGGGCUCGCUCCCGCGCCCCAACUUCCCUGGGACCGAAGUUUGUUUGCAUUCGCUGCGAGAGGUAGCGAGUAGAUCUCGCGAUAUCACCCACCACUCCGAGACUCCCGCUCCGCUCUCCCUCCGGCUCCCCCGCCCCCCAGGGACAAAAAAAAAACACCUUAAGGACAAUACCAAUGCGUCUCAGGACGCGGGGGGGAGGGUCGGCGCGAAGGCAAGACCCUGAAACCCCACUACCGAGCGCAUUGGGGGAAGCCCCUCCGAGUCCUCAGACGCUGGACAGGCGAUGAUUCUACCCGUUCUCCUCCCUCCUUUCUAUUAACGCCCCUCCGACCCUCAGAGCGUUCCCGCCUUUCCCUACCCCACCCCCACCGAACCUAGAAUUUGAGCCCGCCUCCGUCCUAGCCGCCAGACCGCCGUCACUAGACAGUCCAACCCCAAGACGUCAGCCCACAAUGCACCGGGCGGGCCGGGGCGGGCCGGGGAGGGGAGGAGGGAGAGCGGGGAGAAAGAAGGGCCCGACUGUAGGAGGGCAGCGGAGCAUUACCUCAUCCCGUGAGCCUUCGCGGGGCCCGGGAGAAGAAUCUUCUAGGGUGGGGUCUCCAUGGCGACAGGCGGACCCACCCCCCUGAGGGCGACGCGGGCCAAUGGGAAGGCGCGGGGGUGACAUCAUGGGCUAUUUUUAGGGGGUGACUGGUAGCAGAUAAGUGUUGAGCUCCGAGCUGGAGACGGGCUCAGAGUUGUACUGAGUGUGGUCGAGAAGACCCAGCCGGAGUGUGCGGCGCGGGACGGGAAAGAGCGAGCCGGGCAGCGGGGCGGGCAAGCAGCAGCAGCAGUAGGCAGGGGGCGGCAGCCACAACCAGGCAACCCCCGAGUUCCGUUCAUCUGUCAGUGCACUUCACCGGUGCAGCGCAGCGCGCAGCGUAGCACCCGAAGCGAACCGUCCCACCGGCACCAGUGCUCUUCUCUCUCGACUGCCAGGGGCUCCUCGAGCUCGGAGGCACCCGGGGUGGACAGAGACACCCCGGCCCAGGGGCAGCGGCCGCCCCCGAUUACUUUCCCAGAGGCACAAGUGGUUCUCUGAACUUUUGACGAAGCUCGGAGAGGGGGAGCGGGCGUCCAGAUCCGGAGGAGAGAGGAGGGGGCUGCGGCUACUGGCGCCCCCAGACCUGAGCCAGCCCGCAAGAGGCGCGGACCCCCGGCUCCUAGCGCGCUCCGGCGGACCCUCAUUCUCUCCGUCCUCUCACCCCGGCCGGGCUCCUUCGCCCGCGCCCGGGAGAGCCACUGUCACUCGCCGGUGCCCGUCGCCGGCCACUCAACCCGAGAGGGGACGCAUCCACCACCGCGACUUUUCAAACCCGAGCCUAGGACCGCGCGCGGGAGUAGAAGCAGCGGAGGGAGCGCGGCGCGCGGCCGGGCCACGGGAGGGGGCCAGCUAGGCUCAAGACCUCCCGGCCGAGUCGGGUGCGGAGUUCACCUUCAAGCUCCUCUCUGAGAACUUUGCAAGCCGCAGCAGACGGGUGACUGACUCCCGCAGCACAGACCGGACAGAUAGACGGACGGACCGAGGUCCGCGCACGGUCAGUUCGGAGGGGACCUGUUCUGUUCUAUGACUACAAAGAUGGAAACUACUUUCUACGACGAUGCCCUCAACGCCGCCUUCGUGCAGCCUGAGAGCGGCGGCUACGGCUACAGUCACGCCAAGGUGCUCAAGCAAAGCCUGACCCUGAACUUGGCUGACCCCGUGAGCAGCCUCAAGCCCCACCUGCGCAACAAGAACCCGGACCUGCUGACCUCGCCCGACGUUGGGCUGCUCAAGCUCGCCUCCCCUGAGCUCGAGCGCCUCAUCAUCCAGUCCAGCAACGGGCUCAUCACCACCACGCCCACGCCCACGCAGUUCCUGUGCCCCAAGAACGUGACGGACGAGCAGGAGGGCUUUGCCGAGGGCUUCGUGCGCGCCCUGGCCGAACUGCACAGCCAGAACACGCUCCCCGGUGUCCCCUCGGCGGCAGCCGCGCAGCCUGGGAACGCCUCCGUGGCCGCGGGCAUGGUAGCUCCCCCCGUAGCAGCGGCCGGGGGCUUCGGUGGCCUGCAUAGCGAGCCCCCAGUCUACGCGAACUUGAGUAACUUCAACCCCAGCUCGGCGCUGGGCUCCGCGCCCGCCUACAACGGUGCAGCUGGCGGGGCUGGGGCCGGCGGCGGCGGCAGCCUGGGCUUCCCCCAGCAGCCCGCAGCCCCGCAGCAGCAGGCGCAGCCGACCAACCCGCAGCCGCCCCUGGGCCCGCAGCUCCCGGGGGUGCAGCACCCACGGCUGCAGGCACUCAAGGAGGAGCCGCAGACGGUGCCCGAGAUGCCUGGGGAGACCCCGCCGUUGUCCCCUAUCGACAUGGAGUCCCAGGAGCGCAUCAAGGCGGAGAGGAAGCGAAUGAGGAACCGCAUCGCCGCGUCCAAGUGCCGGAAAAGGAAGCUGGAGCGCAUCGCCCGGCUGGAGGAAAAGGUGAAAACUUUGAAAGCCCAGAACUCGGAGCUGGCGUCCACCGCCAACAUGCUCAGGGAACAGGUGGCCCAGCUGAAGCAGAAAGUCAUGAACCACGUGAACAGCGGCUGCCAGCUCAUGCUCACGCAACAGUUGCAAACGUUUUGAGCAGCCCUGGGGGACGAGACGUGGACUUGGUUGGACUGGCACGUUGGUUUGCGUUGGAAAGAGACACAGACACGCUCAGACUAUAGUUCAGGCUUGACUUGCUGAGCCAGGGACUGGGGGCCCCCCCACGCCCCCCACGCACACGUGGGGGCAGGACUGGCCCAGCCUUGGGCCUGGAGCUAGUCAGGAGAGGCCAAGCCCCCUCCUCCGCAGGACCACUAGGCCGAGGGGGUGGCCCCACCCCCACCCGCCCUGCCGGACCCGGAGGGCAGAACCUGUCAGCUCUGUGUUUAACAUUGACCAAGAACUGCAUGGACCUCUAACAUUCGAUGAUCAUUCAGUAUUAAAAGGUUUCAAAACGAAAAAAAAGACAAAAAAAACAACUUCCAUAGACUGUAGUUUGCUUCUGUAGUACUCUUCAAAAGACUGGGGGGAGGCGGGAGGGAGGUUUCUUAAGAGCAAAAGGGGGGGGUGGAAGGGUCGGACUACCAGGACGCCACUUGCCUGCCUUUCAGUUAACUGUGUAUGUAUAUAUAUUUUUUUUAUUUGGUGAAAGCUGAUUAAUGUCAAUAAACAGCUUCAUGCCUUUGUAAGUUAUUUUACGUUUUGUCUUGUUCCGUUUGGGCCCUACCAAGCAUUGUUUGUAAAUAAGAGAUUUGGAACACUCGGGGUAUUUGCCCUUUGUAAUAAAGUCUAUAAUUUUUUUAUGCUUUUUGUUUCUGAGAAUUCCAGAAAGGAUCUAUUUAAGAAAAUGCAAUAAAAUGUUGAAAACCA